GCGGCGGAAGUGAAACCUCUGUGUUUGCUUACAAACAGGCUGUAUGGCGACAAGGAAUCCAUUCCUGCCAUCUGUAGGGAAUUUCUUUUAAUUGUAAAUCAUUACAGAGAGCUAAAGUGCCUUUGAAUGCGCCAUGAAGCCGCUGGCUGGGACCAAGAAGCGUCCGAAAGCAGCCGGAGCUGAGGCUGCUCUGUCUCUGCAAGAGGAGCUUGUUGCAGCGAUACACGGAGCAUUUGUAGUGGCUGUGGAGAUCGCAGUUCGAGAGGUGACCAAGCUUGUAGGUCAGGCGACAGGAGACGUCUAUGAAGAGAUGCGACGGGAGAACGAGUCCCUCAAACAAAGACUGCAGAGAGCUGAAGCUUUGCUGGACUCUGCGCGCGUGGAGGAGGAAAGAGGUGGCAGCUCUCCUACAAAGCAACUCGUGAAUGUCACUAACCGUGCAGAUCAACCGCCUCAUAUGAAGUACAAUCAAAAAAGCCCAAAUCCUAAAGUGGGCAACGUGCACCGUCGUACGGGGGUCAGAGGUCACAAUCCUCCUGCAGGUCGCAGCCGUCCACACCAGCUUCCUGAACCCCAACACACACCUGAGGAGCACAGAUCAGAAGGUGACAUGCAGACACAACAUGUCAGUGAUGCUGCUUCAGAGGAAAAAGGAGACGAUGGAUGUGCUGUUUCUUGUAAUGCCUUGAUUAAAGAAGCCAGUGAAGAAAACUCCAUUGUGUGUGUGGUGAGAGUAGAAAGCAUCAACCAGCCAUUUCGAGACCUGGCAGGUCAAGAACGCCACUCGCCACCACCUCCCAGUGAGGAUGAAGAGUUCACUUCAAAGCAGGUUACAGUAAAGCAGGAGAGGCAAGAAGAGGAGGAAGAUGAUUUGACUUGCUGCUUAGACUCGAUCAAAGUGGAGGAUUUUAGUCCAGAGUGUAUGUCAGCGGCGCAGUCCAAAAUGCUGGAGGAGUGGAAACCAGAAGUGCUGGAUAUUCAGAGCCAAGACUCCAACGGUCCUCUGUCCUGCACCAGGCUGGCUCAGGAUCUUCCAUCCCUCUCCUCAGAGUUCCCAAACAUCUUCCAACUGGCAGAACCAGCUCCCGUCCCAGAAGCCCCUCCACAGGUUUAUGGAGUCCAUGUGCGGACCAGCCGCAGCCUCGGCCACACCUUCACCAACCACCACACCUGCAAGUAUUGUGGCCAGACAUUCCACCUGCCCAGCUUGCUGCGGCGGCACUACGGCCAGUGCCAGCAGAAGCUCCAGCAGUGUUAUCAGCAACCCGCUGAUGGAAGCAAGAGGACCAGACUGCAGCUUUACCCACCGGGCUGCAGCCCCUUCCAAUGCACGGAGUGCAACCGAGAGUUCAACCGCAUGGAGAACCUUAAGACUCACCUUCGCAUCCACACGGGAGAGAGGCCGUACACCUGCUCAGUGUGCUCCAAGUGUUUCCGUCACUCUGGGGCGCUAACCAGGCACUUCCGUAUCCACACCGGAGAGAAGCCUUACAUCUGUGGACAGUGUGGGAAGUCCUUCAGGAACUGUGGGGGGCUCAAAUUCCACCAGCGUUCACACAGCAAGUAGCUACAGUAGAGAUGAAAAACAGCUGAUAUGAUGCAAAGAUCGAUAUGUUUAAAUGUAUCAUUUUUAUGUAAAAGUUUGAAGUGGGAUCAUUCUUACUGGCUUAUCACAUUUCUGACACACAGUAUUGAUGGCCCACAUACAUUAAUCUAACCUAAAAGGAAUAUCCGCCCUUGUGUUUUCUUUUUCUUGCACACCUUCUCUGUGAACGAAGAAUCCAAAAACAGAAAAAAUUCUAGAUGGAUUCAAGUCAUAGGGGACUGUGUGUAACAACAGCAAAACUGUAUCAAAACAUCUGUUAAUAAACUCUCACACAACUCGCACAGUAUAAUCCAUGUCUCAUCGAUCCAGUCGUAUGUCCAGCACUUCCCUGAUAGUUCUUUUGAACGAGGAACUGAACAGAAAAUAAAACGUAUCCGUGCUCUCUUUAAAGCCAGACUCCAUUGACAAAAUCAGUAAUUUUACCUCACUGACCUUGUAAGCAGCUGGUCCACUGACUGCUGUCUUGAUCAGUUAAUUUUUGUUAUUGUGUGACUUUGGUUAGUCUGAACUAACCCUUUAAAACACCAAAGUCACACAAUAACACAAACAAACUAUCUGAUUGAGGCAGCGGCGGACCUGCAUGUCCCUUUUUCAGCGAGGUAAAAUGAAUGUUUUUAUCAAUAGAGUCUGGCUUUGAAAAGAGCACAGAUAUGUUUUAGUUCCCUGUCCGAAAUGGCUGUCUGUCUGGGAAGUACUGAACAUUCAACUGGAUAAACUUGGAUUAAACUGCACAGGUUGUGUGAGAGUUGACUAAUUCAUAAGAGGGACUCUCCUGUCUGUACUGUUUCACCUUUUUCUAACACGUCCUCCUUUUAAAAUCACAGGUGUUACUUCUAAGAGCUCUCAGACUAGAAAGUAGCACCUCAAAAAAUUAUAGGAACUGUCAAGUGUGUCAUUGAGGUCAAACCAUAAAUUAUUCUGUUACUAAAACAAAUAAGAUCAGCUGUAUUUCAGUGAUAAUGUUCUAGAAAGACAAAAUAUAGAUACUGUAGCUAUGUGAUCAGCCACAACUGUACAUGAAGGCUCAGUAGCAUUUAUUUAUAUGAAAUGUGUGGAACCUUUUAGUGUUUUCUAAGUGCAAUUUUUUUCUCAACUAGUUUUCUGAUAGCCAUCACAGUUUGUGUUCUUAUUUAUGGCGAUCUUGUUUUUCUAAUUGUUUGUGUGCCUCUGUAUCUAAAUAUGCAUUUUAUAUAUGACUACUUGUGUGGAAAAUGAUUUAUUUAAUUAAAAGUGUGGAAAUUGCUCAGAAAAUGGACAAAGUAUGACAGCUUUGUUUUAUUGUACCAACAUACCAUGGAAGCCAAGGUCCAAAAAGUGACAAAGAGGAUAUU